CAUUUUCUGUGCACACUCAUCUCUAGGAGCAGCCGUCGGGACACAACACUUCGAAAAAGUUAAGAAAAUUAACACUAAAGCGGGGGCGCGAUUUCAAUUAAUAGGCUAGUGAGAUACAAAAAGAGCAGAUUAACAAAUUACAAUAUGCGCGGUGAACUUGGACCCAAUAUAUGCCGCGUUUGCUUAGAGCCCAGCAAACGGCUGCAACGCAUUGACGAAACACGCGAGGAAGGCGAAGAGACUCCGAAUGAAAUGCUUAUUCAACUACUUGGAAUUUCGUUUAGCAAGCUAAAUGGUAAGGAUCAGAUACCUGAUGGCAUAUGCAAGCCAUGCAAGGUUGAGCUCAAUAUGGCAUUUCAUUUUCGCGAGAAAGCGUUGCGCAAACAGGCGGAAAUCGAAGAAUAUUUUCGUAGUUUGGGCCUACUAGAUGAGCAGGAAGAGGAGGAGGAGAUAUACGUUAAGGAGGAGGACGAUACUAACUCGCAAAGCAUGGAGCCUGAUCAGGAUGAGGACGACGAAAUGACAGAAUUCAUGCUCGAAGAAGUUGCCGUUGGUGAGGGGGACAUUAUUGUUGAUGCAGGUGCAUCCAAAGGGAAUGAAGAGUUCGUUGAAAUCGAUACUAGUGAUCAGCAUGAAAUUUUAUCGGGCGAUAUUGAGUAUUUAGAAUCAGCCUACCUUGAAUUGGAAGGCGAGUCCGAAGAGGCACUCACCAAUGCUGGUGAUUCUGAUCCAGGCAAGCCAAUGCCGCCUCAACGUAAACAGUUAGCCCUUAAACCACAACUCAGGCGCGGUCGACCAAGAACUGGCUUUAGUGCAGUGGGCGUUGAUGGUGAAAAGGGCGGCUACAUAUGCGAUGUGUGUGGAAACUUUUAUGAGAAGCGUGGACGCAUGAUGGAGCAUCGUCGUCGCCACGAUGCCGUUUGCCAGUAUCAGUGCGAACUCUGCCAUGCCAAGUUUCAGGUUCGUGAGCAGCUACGCAAACACAUGUAUUCCCAUACUGGCAGCAAGCCCUAUAAAUGCAGCUUCUGCAGUCGCCAAUUCUUCUAUGUGAGCGUAUUAAAAGCACACGAAAACGUGCACCGUGGUGUCAAGCCGUAUGUCUGCAAAGUGUGCGACAAAGCCUUUGCCUACGCUCACUCGCUAACCAAACAUGAGCUGAUCCACACAGACAUCAAGUUAUAUCAUUGUGAGUACUGCAACAAGGAUUUCCGAUUGCUGCACCAUAUGCGACAACACGAGGAGACCAAAUGUCAUCAGAAUGCUGUAAUGCUACACGAGACCAUGAAAUAUGGACGCGAUGAACAACAGGUGGAUCUGAUUGGCGUCGACGACCUGAAGGAGGACAAUAGGAGUGAAAACUUCUAGUUUAGCUGAUAACUUAUCAAUACUGACACACAUAAUAUAUAUUUAUCUUAAUUAUAGCAAUCAAAUUAUGCAAAAUACAAUUCGAAUCUAUAAUUACUA